AGUCUUCUUUGUUUGUUGGGACAUUGCUCCAAUUUUUGACAACAUGUCUGCUGAUUUGGUUACAAACCCGGUAAAAUUGUUUCUAUAAUGUUAAAAAAUUUUAAAGGUCGAAUGCAAAACGAUUUGAAUGUUUGUGUGACAAAUUGAUCGCAAUUUGUUUUCGAACAAACCCGUUUGAAAUAGUAAUUUCAUGAUUUCAAAAGUCAAAGUUUUUAUUUCUUUGAAACAAAGCUAAGUAUACAAUUGAAGACUGAAAAGGGGUAUCGAUAUGUAAAAAAGUAAAUGUAUAAACUUUUAUACCUGUAAAAUGUAACUCGUUUCUAUCUACAAAUGCAACUUGUUAGGUUGUAAGGAUUCAUUGUGUCUAUCAGAUACCAAGUUAGUGACGUUUUUGUUGUUCGAUAGCUGUUUGUUUAAGCGCAUAUUAAUCUAUUUUACAACCCAUCCUAAUUUGUAAUUAUUCGCAAGCUUGGGUCACUGUUAUAAAUGUUUUCAGCUGAACGUACCCAUUUUCUCAGGUCUCGGGAGUUUUGAUUGGGAGUACAGAACUAUGCGACUCUGCUGCUAUAGACGUAGCUUGCCCCUGCCAUACCUGGACACAAUUCCCGGAGGCAUGCGGCAAGGCAAGAACAUUGUGGUUAAAGUCACCAUCAAACCGAACCCAACAAGUUUCCAAAUAAAUUUGCAGUGUGGCAUGUGCAACAACCCAAGGAGUGACAUUGCAUUUCACUUCAAUCCACGGUUCAACGAGCAGGCUAUUUCCAUGAACACCCUGCGCGACACCAAAUGGGAUGCCACUGAUCAGAGACAUGGCACCAACUUCCCCUUCCACCCAAAUGGGGCCUACGAGAUCAUGUUCCAGUGCGAACAACACCAGUUUAAGGUGGCCCUGAAUGGCUCUCACCUUCUGGAUUUCAAACACCGUCUGCCGUUUCAGAACAUCAGUGCUCUCGCUGUGGAUGGUGACUGUGUGGUUACAGAGAUUAACUACCAGUAAACAACGCUCUGCUCCGUUGGUUGGUGGAAGAGUGCCAUCCCCACACGGAUGGUGCAAGCGUACGCCUGCUUAGCUUAAAAACAUUAUAUUUGAGUAACCUGAGAAUAUUUUCUUCGUAUUUCACACAAAAAUAGACCAUGUCUGAGAUUUCCACGUGUAAUGCAAAAGUCUACUGAUUGACUAUAAACUGAAAACAACUUUUUAUGAACUCUUGUUAACCUUUGAUUAGAUAAUUAUCUGUUGUUUAUGCAAAGUACUGGAGUUUGAUGGAAAGAGAGGUUUUACAGUGAUGGGAACUUUCAUGGCAGGAGUGAGACGCACGUGGUGAAGAAAUCUGAAGGGGACAGAUUUUGGUGCUCAGAUUUAAAAUUGUUGGUGGAAUUUUUUUCAAAGAUUUUCCUGUAAAGUCAUUUAUGAAUUACACGUAAUUGCAUAUAUAGCUGUAAGCAUUAUUGAUAGGAAUAGUGUCUGAGAAAUUUAUUGCAAAAUAAACAAAACUGGGAACUUCCUCCUGAAAACUAAAAUUACCACCUUUUCGGCAAGUACAUUUUGAAAUUCUGUUAUUUUGAUAAUGCUUGGAAUUCGGAAAUGCUUGAAAUUGAUUUAAAGCUCAUACUUUCGAGUAUUAAGGUCACAAGCCAGAAAGAAGCCCAAACCAUAGCGCAAAUUUAGGUUUACAAUGCUGUUAGUUUGGCUCAGGGGAUGUACAAAUAUUUUCGUUUUAGAGAUUUGUUUAUUGGUUAGUCUAUCUUGUCACCGUACACUAUAGAUCAAAUUGAAUUGCAUUAUUUUACUUACAGUAACAACGAAAUGAGAGAUUCUGGGUCUAUCUCCAACAGAGCAUAGGGCUUUUCUGCAUUUUUAAGUUUGAGAAAAAAAUGCAAUCGGCACACAUGCAUGCUUGCUAGUGAAGAGGUAAACAAAAUUAAAACGAUGCGAUAUGCUGAAAAAUGUGUCUAUAAAAAUGCACAUGAUGAUAUCAUUAUGGCGUUCUUAUCACUGUCUCUUAUGAUACAUCCUAGUCUACCUACAUACAAGAAUUAAUGGAAUUGGAUCUACUUUUUUAUAACAACCUUAAAAUAUUCACCUUGAAGAUGACGCUUUUAAAAUGACGCCUUUAAAUGACGCCAUUUAUACCCAUAACCAAGACGUGACCUUUAAUUUAAACCACCAGACCUCGUUGUUCCUACAUAGGCCUAUGUACCAAGUUUAGACCUUAUCAGUAUCAAAACUCUCUAGUUGUACGACAUUUAAAAGUAUAUGCAUUGAGAUCUCC